UAUAAAGAUCGUUAUUGGGCCUGCGGGUGAUGACUCUACGACAUCGUCGGAAAGUGAGUCGUCAAGUGACGAAAAAAUAGAACCCGACCUUGCACCAGAAGAGGAGAAAACUCCAGCUAUGGAUAUCGCUGACAUACCUGCCGACGACGAGUCCUCGACGUCUUCCGAUUCCUCGUCCGACGACGAGAAGAAAUCUCGAGAGAUCUCAACUGUUGAGACUAUUAUUGUGGAGAAAUCUCAUUCCCAAGUAUCGACAAGCAUUACAGAAAUCACCACGAAUACUCAUAAUUAUCCUGUUAACGAUCCUAAUUACCCUGCCAUGUCUCCUAACUACCCUCUUGGAUCCUCAAGUGAUGUCCCUGAUGGUGCUCCGAUACUUGAAGAAAUUCCAAUCAUCGAAAAUGCUCCGAAACCAGUCGAAGACGUUCAACCGAUGGAAAAUAUCCUGAAAUCAGUAUAUACACCGAGCUUCGCGGAAUAUCCGAUGCCCGAAGAUUUCACGACGACUGUUGACGAUGAGUCUCAGACUGAAGCUCGUGAUGUGUGCAGUGAGACGACUCAGACAGAUGAAAAAGUGGACAAGGACGUUGGAACUACGAGAGAUGCAUAUAGCAUGACUGCACCAAGGUCAUUGAGCGACUCCGAAGUUCAGACACAGAUAGUGCAGGGAAGCGCCUCAACACAAACGGAUUACGAGGACGACGAUUCUCAAUGGUAUAGACAUACAAGUACGGUCGAGGAAGUACGAGAAUCAUCCCUGAUUGUUACGAGUGAGAGACGACAGUGUUGCGACAGUGAGACACAGACUGAUGACAAGGUCGACGAUGAUGAACAAGUAUUCGCGAAGAAUCACGAAGGCACCCAAACAGAGCCGGGAAGAUAUCGAAAUGAGAAUGAAAUAACAAGGAUUAUCCGAAGAACGUCAACGGAAACUACAAGUGAAAGUACUUAUUCAGAAAAAACUGAAUUCUUCCCUCCGAAAAAGGCAGACUGUCCUGUAUGUCUGCAAAGUUUAGAGGCGACAAACUAUUCGUUCAUAAAGGUGAAAGAUCUUGCCCAGUUCACCGCGAUGGAAGAACGCUGUACUCAGUAUGAAAUGGAGGACACAAGUCAAACGAGGUUUUGUUUCAACUGUGGAAAAAACUGUACUUCAAGGGAAGAGGAUGGAUAUUCCAGUACAAUGGCAGCGGAACAGGGUGAAGAAGGUUCUGCAGGGGGAUCGUAUGCAUACUCCAAUACAUCGGGAGGUAAUUUAGGUGAAGAACUCGGGGAAGGUAGUGGAUUUUCGAGUACAACAACGUAUGAAGAAGGACAAGAGAAACACGGAUAUCCCAGUACAACGAGAAAGGAAUGGAGUGAGAAGAGGUCUACACGGGAAACUAGUGAAUAUUCUAGUACAACAACAAGCGAAGAAUGGCAGAAAGAUGUGGUCAUUGACCCAGAGAGUUCCGAGGCACCUGAAGGAGCUCAUUUUUCGAUACGGAUAGACGGUGACGAAAAAUGUCUUCUGUACUGCCGCCGUACUGGCAAUCACGCGUGCGCAUUGCAGAAACUGGCAUCAAUUAUUAAAGCGCAAAGACAAGCCACUAUAUCAAGUAGCGAGGCGGCUUGUGAAAUGCAGGCGCAUUCAUCUGGGGCUGAUCAAGAUACAGAAAUUCCUGAAAGCGCGAAACGCGGCAGGGAAGAAAGUGGUGAAGACGAAGAGGCUGGCACUAGCGAUGCUACUGGUCCACAGCGUUGUGACGUCAGUGUUCAAACUGAUAGUGCCCUACUACCGGCUGACUUUGAAGUUUUCAAUGAUAAGGAUUUCGAGAUUUACUACGAUGAACAAAAGUCUCCCCGCUGGACCGCGAUGACUAUAGCUCAGGGAAUGCAGAAGGAACACGAGAGUCUUAUGAAACAGCUGGAUAUGUUAAGGGAGGUGAAUCAGAAAUUAAGAGAUCAGAAAGAUGCCAUUGAAGCUGCUCACGAAGCUCAAUCGUCAAAGUACAUGUGCCUACGAGACGAACUGGCGCUCGCUCAGACAUUAGAGCAUUCUCCGGUCAAGCAACACAAGGUUGUCACCAGACAAGGAUCUGAAAUGUCCAAAUAUUUUGGUACAUUUGAGGGAAUGAAACAUGAUUCGACAUUGGAAUCUGUUACUGAGAACAAUGAACAGUCUUUCAGUUCCUCCUCAACCAAACGGAAACUGAUGCGAACAAAAACCUCGGUGCAGUCUAUUCAGCCACCAAGUGGUUCCGGUCAGGAUAUAUUGGAAUACGCAGGUUUUGCAGAUGGAGCAGAGUUCGAAGGGGAGCAAGUGUUUGCGGACGGAGAAUUGAAAGAAUCUGAGAGACCGGAGUGGAUGGAACAAGUCCACAAUGUGAUGCAACCAAUAAUGAGUAAGGCAGAAAAGCAGAAGACAGAACAGGAGUUUCGAAAACACAAGGCUAACAUAUCUUCGCAAGUGAUAUUAGAAAAUGGACACCAUCAACUACCUCAAGUCACGGAUAGCGUGGACGGUGAAAAGGAGAUUAUACCGCUGUCUCCUGUGAGAAGGUCGCCUGUGGGCACGGAAACUAAGAUGCCGACUGAACAGAAAAACUCGCUAUCGCCCGAGUCUGCAUCAAAUAUCCAACGAAUAUACAAAGUGGUGUUUGUCGGUGAUUCAGGCGUAGGGAAAUCUAGUUUUAUACACAGAUACUGUUUUGAAUUAUGGAAACCGUCGUAUACUGCGACUAUAGGUGUUGAUUUUCAAGUGAAGUCUCUACAGCUCGGUCUUAAAAAGCUAGCUCUGCAACUGUGGGAUACAGCAGGACAAGAGAGAUUUCGCAGCAUCACAAAGCAAUAUUUCAGGAAAGCAGAUGGCGUGGUGCUUCUCUACGAUCUUUCUUCGGUGUCAUCGUUUAUUAAUAUCAAAAGCUGGAUGACAAGUGUUGAGGAGGCAGCAGAACCUGGGUGUACGGUGAUGCUUAUCGGAAAUAAACUAGAUCUUUGUGAAGAGGACCAGAAAUGUCGCGCCGUUUCUUAUAAAGAUGGUGAAGAACUAGCACAGGAAUAUGGAUGUCUUUACGCAGAGGCGAGCGCGAAAUCAGGCGAAAACGUUAACGAAGCAAUGGAAACAUUGGCCAGACGACUGCAGGAACAGGAAGACUGGCAACUACACAGCGUUCUCAAUCUACAAGUGGACGUGGAAAAAAAGAAAAGCAAAUGUUGUGGAAGAUGAUACUCACGGAUACUCUACCUGGAGAAAAAAUUGUCUGAGUCACAUAAGAGCAUUAAAUAUCCGUAACAAAGUAUUGUACUGACAGUAAACACAAAUCCAAGACCGCAAAAAAUCAAGGUUUGUUUUUUACAUACAAGGUUUAUCAGAAACGCUUCUCUUUCUUUCGCUUUACCACGAAAGACAAGGUAUCCCCUGCUAUUUCUGGCUAUUGCAAGACCAGGAAAGAUAUUCUGAAAACUGAUUUGAUUAUGAGUUGCCUUCGUUUCUGAUUAUCGAGAAAAAAAACUGAUUUGCGAGUGAAAGUGUCUUAAAAAAACUGAAAUGACUCAGGAAAGUUUAUUACAGAGUUUAUGUUACAAC